ACAGGAAUAUUGCAAAAAGAGUAGCAAAAGUCAAAGCGCCAGGAAUUGAACUUGUACUGCCAGAUCUGAGAGGUUGUAAGCGGCGACUUGAAGCUGUACAGCGAAACUGAAGUAAAGUGUAAAAAGAAAGAGAAAGAAAUUUCAGAGCCACUGUUCAACAUGAAGAGAAGAAAAAAGUGUCUACAAAUAUUGUUUGAGUAGUGAGUGAGUGAAGGAUGAUGACAUCUGUUGAUCAGCAUUGUGACUCACUAGAUGAGCAGGAAGAAGAAAAGCUGAAACACAAGGAAGACCAGAUGAGCAGCAGUGCUCACAGUGAAGUCAGUGUUGAUCUGAAUGCUCAGACGGGAGCAGCUGUAAAUGUUCCUGUACUCACUGGAAACAACAUCACAUCAGUGACCAUCAACUACAACACUGCAGGAAAUGCACCACAAAAAGCCUCAGAGAGACAGACGGAGAAGCACACAGUAGAACAAGGCUCAAGUGCAGAGGACAGUAAAGCUGCUCUUCAUGAGACCAGCCUCAGACUGAAGGACAAAUUAAAACAGGAGUAUGAACGAAUAUUGGUUGGUAAUUCUCAGACUGGUCAUCAGAAAUACCUGAACAAUAUUUACACUGAUCUAUAUGUGGUGGAGAAUGAGACUGGAGGAAUAGUGAGUGAGCAUGAGGUAAGACGGAUCGAAUUCAAACAAUUUGAUGCCAAGGACACACCGAUCCAGUGCAAUAACAUUUUUAAAGUCCACAAGGGUCAACGAAACAGAAGAGUGCUGACAAUGGGCAUCGCAGGGGUAGGAAAAACAGUCUCUGUCAAUAAAUUCAUCCUUGACUGGGCCAAAAGAACAGAAAAUCAGGAUAUUGCCUUAAUUUUCCCUCUUCCAUUCCGUAGACUGAAUUUGAUUAAAGAAGAGUACAGUCUUAUAGGACUUCUUAACAAAUACUUCUUUAGUAGUCCUGAAGAACUGCCCUUUCUUCCUGAUGGUGAUGGUAAAAUCAUGUUCAUCUUUGAUGGGCUGGAUGAGUGUCGCUUCCCUUUGAACUUUAAAGAAGAUGACGGAUUUACAGAUGUUCACAAAGAAACAACAGUGAGUAAGAUAGUUACAAGCCUGAUCAAGAGACAACUAGUUCCCUCUGCUCUUAUCUGGAUCACAUCCAGACCAGCAGCAGCCAGUCUGAUACCCCGAAACUACAUUGAUCUGGUGACAGAGGUGCGAGGAUUCAACGAUGAGCAGAAAGAGCAAUACUUCAACAAAAACAGCAGUCCUGAGGUUGCUGGAAACAUCAUCCGUCAUAUCAGGAAAUCCAGGAGCCUGUACAUCAUGUGCCACAUCCCCGUCUUCUGCUGGAUCUCUCUCACUGUUCUUCAGCCUCUACUGACUCGAGAGAGCAAGGACAAAACACCCACAACUCUCACAGGGAUGUACACAAGCUUCUUACUUACUCAGCAGCAACAGAUGACUGCAAAAUAUAGUGAUGACCCUGAACCUAAAGCCAAUGCCAGGUCUUUUGAUGAGAUUAUUCUAAUGCUUGGGAAACUGGCCUUUCAACAGCUGGAGAAAGGAAAUCUCAUUUUCUACAAAGAAGAUCUUGAGAAAUGUGGACUAGAUGUCAGUGAAGGGUCAGUGUUCUCUGGGUUAUGCACUCAGAUCUUUCAGGAGGAAAAAGCUGUUUCAGCAAGAAACAUUUACAGCUUCGUACAUCUCAGCAUCCAGGAAUUCCUUGCUGCUCUCUAUGUGUUUUUGAUUAGCAAAGAUGAGAAAGCAAAGCUACUUUUUCAAUCCCUGAGAGAAAAACUGACAUGGACACUGUCCAGAAAGACACUGUUUCAGCUUCAUAAGGGUGCGAUCAACAUGGCUUUACAAAGCGAGAAUGGACACCUGGACCUUUUCCUCCGGUUCCUCCUGGGUCUCUCUCUGGAGUCCAAUCAGAGUGACCUGAAGGAAUUAGUGCCAGGACUGGAACUCAAAACAGAGAACAUGAAAAACACUGUUGACUAUAUCAAAAAGAAAAUAGAGAAGGAGAAAUCAGUGGAGAGGACCAUCAACCUCUUCUACUGUCUGAGUGAACUGAAAGAUGACUUUGUGGAGGAAAUCCAGAAAAACCUGAGCUCAGGAAAUCUUUCAGAACAGAAUCUCUCCUCUGCUCAGUGGUCUGGUCUGGUGUUUGCGCUCCUGAUGUCAGAAGAGACUCAAGAGAAGUUUGAACUGCAGAAAUACAGAAGAUCUGAUGAAGCAGUAAUAAGACUGCUGCCAGUGAUCAAAAACACAAGAAAAGCACUGCUACAGUGCUGUAAUCUCACUGCUCAGUGCUGUAAGAGUUUGUCAUCAGUUCUACAAUCCUCAAACUUCCUGAGAGAGCUGGACCUGAGUAACAAUGACCUACAGGAUUCGGGAGUGAGGCUUCUUUCUGAGGGGCUAAAAAGUCCAAACUGUCAGCUGGAGAUAAUGAGAUUUUCCAUAUGUAAUCUCACUGCUCAGUGUUGUGAGAGUUUGUCAUCAGUUCUACAAUCAUCAAAUUCCUUCCUGAGAGAGCUGGACCUGAGUAACAAUGAUCUACAGGAUUCAGGAGUAAAGCUUCUUUCUGAUGGACUGAAGAGUCCAAACUGUCAGCUGGAGAUACUGAUGUUGUCUGGCUGUAUGGUUGACAGAGGAAGGCUGUGGUUAUGUGUCUUCAGCUCUGAGUUUGAACCCCUCACACCUGAGAGAGCUGGACCUGAGCUACAAUCACCCAGGAGAUUCAUUCAUUGAUAAAUUCAACCAUCAAAACUGCACACUGGAUAAACUUAAGUACAUUGAGCAGGAAGAGUUUGACUUUAUUUCUUUCAUACAUUUACAAAAGUUUUUACUGAGAAUAAACUGAGAGGUUUAGCUGCAGUUAUACUACAGGGCUGUUGAAUGCUUGAUUCUGAUUGAUUGACAAACUUUCUAAGGUGCUCAAAUAUUGUCAAGUAAAUGCAGAGCUAAAGUAAUUCCAGGCAGGUCUCAACUAAAUUAGAGAAUGAUUUUUUCCCGCUCCAUGUCCAAUACAAAGGAACACAAAUGUAGUACAGACACACACUAACACAAACACAUUCAAACAUACACAUGCACAGGAAUGUGUUAGUGCUGC